AUGGGUAAUUGGUGGACAAAACUAUACGAUGCAUUUGCUUCCCUAGGCGCUGAUAAAGAAGCAAGAAUUCUCAUGCUUGGGCUCGAUGCGGCAGGCAAAACAACGAUUUUAUACAAAAUUAAAUUAAAUGAAAACUUGAGUACAAUUCCCACGAUAGGUUUUAAUGUUGAAACUGUUAGUCCAUGUCGCGGUGUCAGUUUCACUGUUUGGGACGUAGGUGGUCAAGAGAAAAUACGACAGCUAUGGAGACAUUAUUAUCAAGGUGCUGAAGGAUUGAUGUUUGUCAUUGACAGUAAUGAUCAUGAACGGUUAGAGGAAGCAAAAAGUGAACUGAAUGGAAUAUUGAAUUCACCAGAUAUGUCACACGUUCCACUCGUUGUAAUUGCAAACAAGCAAGAUUUACCACAUGCAAUGUCAUGUUCAAAUAUAAUUGAAAAAUUAGAUUUAAACAGUUUGAAUAACAAACAUAGAUGGUAUAUUCAAGGAGCAUGUGCAACAACCGGCGAUGGACUUCUUGAAUCCAUGAUUGAAAUGGCAAGACUAGUAAAAGAAUAUCGAAAAUCGGGAAAUGACUAUUCAAAUUACUAA